CCCUCCCUUUUUUCUUUCGUUUUCACAGCAAGUAGAGUUCUCCAAUCUGGACGGCAACAGAUAUGUCCGAGAGAACAGAAGUGAGAAGUGACUGCAACUGGGAGCACUGGAUUGGGGGAAACCUUGUAAAUGGACAUACCGUUAAUGCUUCAGGGCAAGAGACGCUGUUCUCCGAGGAACGUCCAGUGAUACUCGGAGACAUUUGUGAAAGCAAACCAGAAGAAAACAAGCAGACACAGUCAGGACUUCUUCAGCGCUGCAGAUGGUGUUUUGGUAAUAGCAGUAAAUGGAAGCGCAGCACAAUCGUACUCUCGGUCCUCCUGGGGAUCUCAGUCACAAUCAAUAUUGGGCUGUGGGCAAAGCUGCGUCAGAUGCCCGCUGCCCCCAGCCCACCGGAUGCCUCAUCGGACGCCAGUCCCUGCCCCCAGCGCUGGCUUAUGAAUGGAGGACGGUGCUACUUCUUCUCUGAUACUGAGGCAACCUGGAACGACAGCCGGAUCAAUUGCUCUUCCCAGGGAGGUUCCCUGCUUGCCAUGGAGACUCUGCAGGAGUGGGAUUUUGUAAGUCAGUCUAAAAGACCAAGGUAUUAUUGGAUUGGUCUCCAGAGGACAGAAGUGGGAGAAUUUUGGAAAUGGGCAAAUGGGUCCGUCUUCAACAACUGGUUUUCAGUUGGAGGCGAAGGACUUUGCGCUUACCUGAACAAAGAUACGAUCAGUUCGACAUGGUGUGACAAUCAUCGAUACUGGAUCUGUAGCAAGCAUCUACAUGGGAACCCGUGACGGACAUACUAAGUCUGGGUGCAGGAUUCCAUCCUCUGCAAACCGCCCUGAGUCCGUUUGGAAUGGGCAAGAUAGAAAUAGAAAGUAAAUAAGAAA